UGAAAUUGUUUUUAGAUAAAGGACUUGAUCAGAACAAGUUACCUGUAAAAUGUUACAUCACUCACUCCCCCCUAUCAAUCAAAACUUUGAAAAUAACAAUUCAACAGGGUUUUCUCUGCAACUUCAAUUACUGCUCCUAUAAAAACUAUUGGAUCUCUGAACGGAUUAAAUCCAAGACUUUGUUUUAAUGCAUAAAACUCAUCAUCAUCAUCAUCAUCAUGACCACCUUUAUUUUCCUACUGCUUAUUUCUUCCAAACUACUUGUUAUAAAUGCUUCUAAUUGUCAUGAACAAGAAAGAGAAGCAUUGAUGAGCUUCAAAUCAAACAUGGCAGACCCUUCAAAUCGUUCAUCUUCAUGGAAAGGCCAAAACUGCUGCAGCUGGCAUGGAAUCGACUGUUCGGACUCGUUUCAUGUGACAGCCAUUGACCUUCGAAAUCCCAAACCAGACAACCUUAUUCUGGACACGAAUUCCCAACUUGUUUCAACGUCUGAUGUCCCAUCUACUGCUCUUACUGGACCCAUCCACCCUUCUUUGUUCUAUCCCUUACUCAUCUCAGAUACCUUGACCUCAGUUUCAACAACUUCAGUUUCUCAAAGGUUCCUUUAGGAUUCUCAAAUCUCACUGGACUCACGUAUCUCAAUCUAUCGAAUGUUAUGUUCAAUGAUUCCAUUACAACCCAGUUUUCCAACCUUACUUUCCUGAUGGAACUUGAUCUUUCGUGUUCUUCAAGCAUUGACGACCACUCAUCAAUUUACACUACCUUGUCAUCUACCCGGACAAUUCAUGAAGGUUCUCUAUACACAUACAUGAAUCGAGGCAAUUUGUAUGCACCGAAUUUGAGUUGGUUGCAAAGGUUGAACAAUCUCAGAAAACUAAAACUGAAUGGUGUGGAUUUAUCCAAAGCAUCUCGAUCAAACCUGUGGGCUAAAUCGGUAUCGACUCUUUCCAAGCUGAGGUUUCUUGAGCUGUCUAAUUGUAGGAUUUCUGGGGAGGUUCCAGUUGAGCAACUUCUCAACCUCACUAAAUUAUCUGAAUUGUACAUGGACUACAACUUCUUGGCAUCGAAAAUCCCGAGUAAGUUGGCCAAUCUCACCUCCCUCUCAGUCCUAGACCUCACUAGAUCGAACCUACAAGGUCAUAUCCCUUACCUUCCUCAAGUAAAGACACUUCAUGUGGGAAACAACUCUGAUGUUAUGGUUGAUCUCCAUUCAAUGUUUGCAGUCCCCUGGCCUCGAUUAGAAUCAAUCGACAUAUCAUCUACUCAUGUCAUUGGAUCCAUCCCACCCUCCAUCGCCAACAUCACCUCAUUAGUUGAUUUCAUAGCAUACAACAGUUUGAUUCAAGGACGGAUACCUGCCUCCAUGAUGAACCUUACGAGGUUGGAAAUGUUGAGUCUAGAUAUGAACAACAUAAGUGGUGAGAUUUCACCAUCAAUAUCCAAUUUAAAAAGCCUGCAACUUCUAUCUUUGCUUCAGAACUCUUUUCAUGGAUUGAUCCCCGACACAAUUUGUAGUAUCUCCUCUCUCAGGUAUCUAUUGUUAGCAGGCAACUCUUUUACCGGAAACAUUCCAAAUUGCAUAGGCCAGCUCAAUGAUCUCAGCUACUUUGAGGUUAGUUCCAACAAGAUGAAUGGAUCAAUCCCUUCAUUGUCAUCUUUUUUCAGAAACUCAACUCCAUAAAUGUUAGUUCUGGGAUUUAGUGGGCUAACCGUGAAAGUAGACCAACAACCAUUUCCACCAAGGUUUCAACCACAAAUCGUGUCCCUUGAUUCAUGUAAUAUAGGAGGCAAAAUUCCAGGUUUUAUAUCAAACCUGACCAAACUAGUAUUUUUAAGUUUGUCCAAUAACAGCCUAUCAGGGACAAUUCCUUCUUGGCUGUUCAAUCUUCCCAACUUAGGCUACUUAAAUCUCUCUUUCAACAGGCUCCAAGGUGUCAUCCCACCUAGCAUCAAGCUAAAGUCAUUUUUCAUCCAGACAACACUUAUAUUAAGAAACAAUCUGCUUCAAGGAUUGAUCCCUCAGCAGCUCGAGAAUAUUCAAGCUUUGGAUUUAUCAGCGAAUAAUUUCACAGGCAACGUUCCUGCGGAGGUCGGACUAGGCAAAAUUAGGUACUUGGCACUCUCUGAUAAUAAACUUUUUGGUCGGAUCCCAUUCUCUUUAUGUCAAGAAAACUGUGAGCUUAUGCUGCUAGAUCUUUCCAACAACAACUUGUUCGGAACCAUUCCGACCAGCUUCGGAAAUUGCAGCUCUUUAGUGUAUCUAAACCUCGGCUCGAACAAUCUUACCGGUGGUAUUCCAGAGGAACUGCAAGGUGCUAAAAGAUUGAGCUUUUUAAAUGUUAGUGGCAAUCAUUUUGAUGGUCCAUUCCCUUCUGUUGUUCGUAGACUUGAGAGAAUAUCGGUUAUCGAUAUGGGAAACAACAAACUCAGUGGAAAGAUCCCUGAAUUCAUUGGAGACCUCAAAGACCUCCAAAUUCUUUUGUUGGAAUUCAACUCGUUCAAUGGUUCAAUCCCGGAAGAGAUAAAUGCAUUAGAAAAUCUGCAAUUCAUUGGCUUUUCUAAUAAUCAACUGUCUGGUCCAAUCCCUGAAAAGCUAUCUGGUUUAAAGACAAUCAUAAACAGGCCAAAGGAUGGAAAUCUUCUUGGGUUUAUCAUCUCACAACUGUACAUUGGUGUUCGAGUGAACCUGGUCGCUAAGGGAUUGUCAAUGCAAUUUGAUGUGGUUCGAACGUAUAAUAAUGGACUGGAUCUUUCAUGCAACAAGCUUACGGGAAAUCUUACAUCGGAAUUAGGCCAUCUGCAAGGGCUUUAUGCACUAAAUCUCUCCCAUAAUCGUCUCUCUGGUAACAUCCCAACCGCCAUUGGAAACAUGAGUCUUUUGGAAUCUCUCGACCUCAGUUACAACAAUCUAAGCGGAGAGAUCCCCGUAUCAUUGGCUUUGUUGGAUCCACUCUCAACUUUAAACUUGGCACACAACAAUAUGAGUGGCGAAAUCCCAACAAGCCCACACUUUGAUACGUUGAGCAGAGAUGGGUUAGCAUACAUUGGCAACAAAUUCUUGUGUGGAGCUCCUGCUGGUAGCCACUGCGACAGCGAAGAUUUCCCAACGCCAGAAUCAUCUGAGUCUGAGCAUAGCGAAGAACAAUCUGGGGAGUGGAAAAUGGUGCUCGCACUGGCAUUUGCAGGCUAUGUAGUUGGUUUCUGGGGACUUUUUGGGGUUGUUUAUUUGGUGAAUGAGAAAUGGAGGAAGGCUUAUUGGGCAAGUGUUGACCGAAUCGUAGAUGGAAUCAUCAGAUGCAGAAAAAUCAGAGUAUCAUCUGUUAACCAGUGAAUUUUCUCUUCUUUUUAUCUCUUUGUUUGCUAAAUUAAUGGACGCUUGAUCCCUUUUCCAAAGAUUGUUUCAGUUCUUCUUUUAGCUCUAUGAUGAUUAGUAGGUAACUUAAUUGCUUGUACAUAAAUAUUCGUAAAAUAAAAUAGUUUGUCUGUUUGUUUGAACUAAAA